CUAAAGGGUUUGGAGGCACGGAAAGCACUAGCAACCUUUGCAAAAAUCAAGAUAACAAAGUAGUGGAGGUGGAAAUCAGCCUGUGGUGGAGAGAGAAGGCAGAAGAAGGUGAGAAUGGAAAAAAAUUAAAAUUAGGCAUUUCAAAGAAGGGGGUAGGGGUGACACCUGGAAAGGCUUUUAAAAGCUGAACAAAAGUGGCGGUUGCGGUCCACUUAAGAUCUCCUCAGUGUGGAAGGAAAGGAGGAGAAAAUAGAGUCAAAAGGAGGGGUUAGGGAAAGUUGUGGAGGGAGGUGAUAAGGGCUUAUUGUGGGAAGGAACCAAGUCCCUAGGUCACAGGAAUCCCUAUCAGGCUGGCAUUUCCUCCGCAUUCCCAUCCCCUUCCUGCCACUGGCCUGGCCCUUUCUGGAGCUAGAAAAGGGAAGGACCAACUCACAGCCUGGGAGAAGCUCUGUGUCCUCAGAGGUCUUUCUGCUUGCCUGUAAGUGGGUUUGGGGCUGGGGAGGAGGAAGGUUUGAUGGAGGGAUAAGAGCCAAGAAUCUGGAGUUAAUAAUUUAGGCUUUGGGGGCAAGGGUGGGAGAGGAGAAUGGGGAGGUUGUAGAAUCUGUGUGCUACUGGAAUGAGGCCUGAGAAAAUUAUGGCAGGAGCUGGUGGGGUGUUCACUCAAGGUCCCUUUGUCCGCAGGUCCCCAUGCCUCUCCUCCUCUUGCUGCUUAUGCUGCCACGCCCCUUACACCUGCAUCCCAUCUGUGAGGCUGAGAUUGAGGUCUCCAAUGUGGACAAACGGCUAAUCAUGAACUGUGAAGACAUGAACCUGAAAGGGCUGCCUGCAGGCUUGCGAACAGACACAGCCAUCCUCCACCUGGGUAAGAACCUCCUGGUCACCUUCUCCCUAGCAUCCCUGGUGCCUUUCACUCAUCUCACUCAGCUGUACCUGGAUCAUACUGAGCUGGCCGACCUGCAGGUAGAUGCAGUUUUGCCAUCUUUGAAGACCCUGGAUAUAUCCCACAAUAAGCUGAAACGACUGCCCUUUCUACAGCAGGCACUGCCUGCGCUCAAUACUCUGGAUGUCUCAUUCAACCAGCUGACUUCAUUGGCUCCUGGUGCCUUUGAUGGCCUGAGCCAGCUCCAUGAGCUCUACCUACAAGACAACAAACUGAAGACUUUGCCCCCUGGGCUCUUGGCAUCCACAUCCCAGUUGAAGAAGCUCAAUUUAGCCAACAACCGUCUGACUAACGUUCCUCCUGGGCUGCUGAGUAACAUGGAGGAUCUUGACACACUCUUCCUCCAAAAUAACUUAUUACAGACAAUACCAAAGGGUUUCUUUGGGGACCUCUUUCUGCCUUUUGCUUUUCUCCAUAGCAACCCCUGGUACUGUGAUUGUGAGAUCCUGUAUUUCAGUCGCUGGCUGCAGGGCAAUUCCAACAAUGUCUAUAUAUGGAAGGAAGGUGUAGAUGAAAAGGGUAUGACCCCCAAUGUAUCCAGUGUGCAAUGUGCCAAUGUGGGCAGAACACCUAUCUAUACAUACCCAGGCAAGGACUGCCCCAACCUUGGUGAUAGCGACACACUCUAUGAUGACUAUAACACACUUGAAGAGACUGAUGUGCCUUCCAGAAAGACUGUGGUCAUGUUUGCUACCAACCCCAAAGUCCAUACGACCCACUGGAGCCUGCCCCAUUCAGAAUCUAUUUCUCCUCUAGAGAAGCAAAUGACACAAGAAUCCACUAGGAAACAGACUACACAGCAACAUACAUGGAUCCCAGAGUCCUCCACAUUCCUCCACAUGUCCAUAGAAUCUCUCACAUUCUCCCAAACCCCCAAACUUAUUACUGAACCCACCACAUCUCUGACCAUCCUAGAAUCUACAACCUUGACUGCUAUAGAGCCAAUAAAAGCUCUAAAGACAAUAGAAGCUAUUGCCACAACCCAAACCACUCCAGAACCUACCCCCACAACCCAGACAACACCAGAACCUAUCCCUACAACCCAGAUCACUCCAGAACCUACCCCCACAACCCAAACAACACCAGAACCCAUCCCUACAACCCAGACCACUCCAGAACCCACCCCCACAACACAGACUACUCCAGAACCUACCCCCACAACCCAGAACACCUCAGAACCCACAACCUCAACUAUUCUAGAACUUACAACCUUAGCUACCCUAGAGUCUACCUCAACCCCAUUUGCCCCAGAAUCUACCACUCCAAAACAUACAACCUUUAAUUUCCCAGAGAGCACCACAAUUUGGACCAUCCCAGAACUAACAUCUAAUGCAGAAACUAACCUAUUCCGUAGUUUCUCAGAAUUUAUCACAACAGACACCACAGAAUUUGUCAGCUCCAGAAGUGAUUUUUUUCUCAACCCUGAGUUUUGCUGUCUACUCCCCCUUGUCUUCUAUGCCCUGGGUAUCCUCUGGCUCCUGUUUGCCUCUGUGGUCCUCAUCCUGCUACUAACUUGGGUUUGGCAUGUGAAACCACAGCCUGUUUCCCUGACUACAGCCAUGCACACCACACAACUGGAGGUACAGAGAGGAAGGGAAAUAACCAUGCCUCGGGCUCGGCUGUUCUUCCUUCAAGGCUCACUCCCCACUUUCCGUUCUAGCCUCUUCCUGUGGAUAAGGCCUAAUGGCCGUGUGGGGCCUCUGGUAGCAGGACGGCGGCCUUCAGCCCUGAGUCAGGGUCGUGGGCAGGAUCUGCUGGGCACAGUGAGUAUUAGGUACUCUGGCCACAGCCUCUGAAGACAAGAGAUUUGAGGCAUCCUUGAGAGGUUUGUAUGAGUCGUCUUAUGGUAUCUAACUGGGAUGAUGGUGUAAAACAUACAGGAUCACAAGGUUUUAAUUACUUUUCCUUUACCUGAAGCCUUCUUUUCACAUUUAAGAACACAAUCCCAGCCCGUACAAAUCAGGAAGGGUAGUUAAGAGGAUAGAGUUGGGAAGGUCAUAAAGCUAAGCUCUCCUUGCUGCUUGGGGCAUGGGGAGGGCUUGCCAGGCCAUGCAGUUACUGCCAUUAUAUUUGGGAAGUUUCUUUCUUUUCUUUUCUUUUUUUUUUUCAGGUCUUCACUUAAAGACGGGGAGGGGGAGUUGGAGCAAAUAAAGACUAGUUAGUACAUGGCUCCCACAUGCAUCUUUACCUAUAAGAAAAUUUGGAAACUGAAUUUUUUCAGAAUGUCUUGAUUCUGUUUGGAUGUCAUAUGAAUUAUCCCCUGCUGUUCAGCAAUUUCUAGCUUUCCAUCCUGACUGUAUAUUUGUACAAUAAAAAAACUUUUAAAAAGAAAAUGGUUUCCUUCGGAAAAGAUUUACUGGGGUAACUGUCACAAGAAUUCCCAAAGUCCCAACUGCCCUCACUUUGGUUCCAACAAACCUCAAGUCAUACCCAGUGCUUCCCCUGCCUGGGUUGGCUCCUCUCCUGUGAGGGUGGCCACCCACCAGACCACCAUAAUCAUUAGCUCCAACAGACUGGUAAGUAUCCUACAGUCCAUACUUCAGAGACCUAUUGCCUACAGCCUACAGUCCUAGGUAUGGAGAUGGAAAUCUGCAACACAGCCCCAGUAACGAAGCCCACCCCAUUGCCCAUGUCAGUGGAACAUGAAGAUAGUGGGGGUCUGGCAAUAUAUGUCAUGCUGGUAGGUUUGACUGAAGUCUAAGGUUUUCAGCUCUUGAGCCAAGGAGGCAAGCAAAUGGGACUUUUUUUUUUUCAUCUCACUGAUUCUGCCGUUAUCUAACCACACUGGUGAAGCUUCUUCUCCUGCUGGAUCCUCAGCCCAGUCUUGGGCUUAAGAGCAAUUCAGAGAAUGGUGAUGAAAGCCAGGUCUUCUGGGCACCUGAGGCCCUCUCCUGCAGAUGGUUAUGGAAGGGGUCUUAGUAACAUGAGAAUCUGGUGUUUUUGUGCUUUGAACAUUUCUCCAGGUAGAGAAACUUUUCAUAGUAUUGAUGAUCAACCCAAAGCCUCAUAUGUGAGGUACACCUUCAGCCCCAGGACAAAUGUGAGCUUAGUAAUUCUGGAUUUCCUUACACUAAGUCUCACAUUCUUCAUCUCUCAUGAACACACUCUUCAGUGAAUAAACACCGAAAUACCCAACAGACCACCUGCUCCCAGCAGUGUUUCUCCUCUGAGCUGUUGGUGUCCUCUAGCCAUCAGUUCCGUCUCUGCCCAUCUUCCCAAACUGACCAGUGUGUUUAGUUCCUCCUCCUAGGCUGGGCCAAGUGUUCCAAGUUACCCUGGAAUAAUCUAUCACAUGCCAUUUCUCAAAUGCUCAGUGUAAACUUCCUGCUAGGCCUGAAAUUCUUUAAGGCCAAGGUGCUGGCUUCAGAUGUCUCAAAGGAGCCACCGUGGCCCAGGAAGGUGGGAAUGGAGGGGUAAGGGACGCUGCAGGAGGGGCAUCAGUAUGUUCCACCUUUUCUGUUCACAAGGCUCUGCCAAGGAGACAGCUCCCACCUGCUGCCUGCCUGUCCCUUGGCUUGGCACACAGCACCCGGGCCUCAAACUACACAGCACUCCCCCUACUUUUGACCUUUCCAUGCUUCAAGAGAUUAGUAGACUCCUUGAAGCAGGACCUAGGAAUCAUACUUCACAAAAAAUAGAAGAGGCAGCACAUUCUCCAGCUAGCACAGGUUCUGACCAAUACACUCUCUUCCCAUAAGCUUUUGGGUGUGGUUCCAGUAUCCACCCCAUAUGUACUGCUUUUCCAUUCCUCACCCUUGGGUCUACAGCCCACAAAUCUCUCUCUCUCUCUCUCUCUCUCUCUCUCUCUC